AUGAGCGAUGGGCUCGACGUGGACGGGCUGUUGAACCGGAUGCUGGCCGUCGGCCGCCCGACGACCGGCAUGACGCUGACGGUCCCUGAGGAGGAGCUGAUCACGUUGUGCAAAAUGGCGAAAGACAUGUUCAUGUCGCAGCCGGUGUUCAUCGAGAUUGACCCGCCGGUGCGGAUUUGCGGCGAUACGCACGGGCAGUACGGUGACCUGCUGCGGCUGUUUGAUCGGGGCGGCUUCCCGCCGACGGCCAACUACCUCUUCCUCGGCGAUUAUGUUGACCGGGGCAAGCAGAGUCUCGAGGUGAUCACGCUGCUCUUCGUCUACAAGCUGCGCUACCCCAAGAACUUCUUCCUGCUGCGCGGCAACCACGAGACGCCGAGCGUCAACCGGCUGUACGGCUUCUACGAUGAGUGCAAUCGUCGCUACAGCCCACGGCUCUGGGAGGCUUUCCAGGACGCCUUCAAUUGCAUGCCACUUUCGGGCCUGGUCGGCGACGCCAUCCUCUGCAUGCACGGUGGCCUGUCCCCGCAGCUGCAGACGCUCGACCAGUUGCGCGAAAUUCAGAGGCCAACCCCGGCUCUGAAAGCAUCGCUCGAGCUUGACCUGCUUUGGGCUGACCCGGCUGCCAACUUAUGCGGCUUCGCCCCAAAUGUCCGCGGCACCUCGGUCUGGUUCGGGGCCGACAUGGUCAAGCAGAAAUGCGCGGAUUUGGGCAUUGAUUUGGUAGCUCGCGCGCACCAGGUCGUUCAGGACGGCUACGAGUUUUUCGCCGACCGGAAGUUGGUGACCGUCUUCUCGGCUCCGCACUACUGCGGGCAGUUCGAUAACGCGGCCGCGGUUCUGAUUGUCAAGGAAGACUUGCUGUGCUCCUUCGAAGUCUACAAGCCGCAGAUCGGCAAGCUGGUCGUCGCCUCGAAGGAGCUCACCAAGGGAUCCAAGGAGACCGCCGCC